CAUAGUGUUUAUGAACAGUUCCAAUGCCUCCCAAUUUCUUAAUUUGAUCAACAGACUCAUUUAGAAUUUAGAAAAAUGGAUUCACGGUCAUCAAAUUAUCACCGAAAUCAUGAUGAUGAUGAUGAUGAUGGUGAUCGAAAUGAUAAUCAUCGACAUCAUUAUAAACAUCGUAAAUAUCAAUAUCAUUCUGAACGAAUACGAUAUCAGAAUCAAUAUGACAAUCAAACAUCAAACAGUCAAUCGUCAUCGAUUUCAUCGAUUGUAGCCAAUCAUUAUAAUAGUAUUCAUAAUAAUGAUAUUCAAGAACGAAAAAAGAGCCGUAUCUAUUAUAUGAGAAAUUUUAAUAAUUGGGUUAAAAGUAUAAUCAUACGUGAUACUAUAAAAUUAUUACGAUCCGAACGAGAUGAUCAAAAUGAUACCGAAUUCAUUGUACAUGAUCUCGCCUGUGGUAAAGGUGGUGACCUAACUAAAUAUGAGAAAAGUCAAAUCACACAUUUCAUUGGAUCAGAUAUUGCAAGUGUUUCUAUUGAACAUUGUAAAGAACGAUACGGUAAUUCUCGUAAAUACUUUAAAGCCGAAUUCAUCAAUGCCGAUUGUUCUCGUGAACUGAUCAAAGAUAAAUUAUCCGAUCCAAAUAUUCGUUUCGAUAUGACUAGUUGUCAGUUUUCAUUUCAUUAUUGUUUUGAGUCAUAUGAUCAGGUUCGAACUAUGGUACGCAAUGCAUCUGAAUGUUUGAAAAUUGGUGGCAUUUUUUGUGGUACAAUGCCAGAUUCAAUCGAAGUAAUGCGACGAUUGAAAGAAUGUGGAACAAAUCAAUUCGGUAAUGAUGUAUAUUCAAUCAAAUUUGAUAAAUCCUAUGAUGAAAUGACAGCCGCUGGUAUAUCGUUAUUUGGAGCUAAAUAUGAUUUUCAUCUUGAAGAAGUGGUUGAUUGUCCAGAAUUUUUAGUCUACUUUCCAAUCAUGGAAGAAAUCUGUGAAAGUUAUGGGCUUAAAUUGAUAUUCAAAAAAAGAUUCGAUGAAUUUUACGAAGAAAAUCGUGAAGGUGAUGAUAAUUCACGAUUGUUGAACUUUAUGGAAGCACUGGAAAAAUAUCCACCCAAAGAUCGUGAACGUCCAAUGGGCAAACCAGAAGAUUAUCGACAUAUUCGUGAAUAUCUACAGAAUUCAUCCGGCCAAUCGAUCAAUACGAUCGGCACCUUAUCCAAAUCCGAAUGGGAAGCUGUAACAUUGUAUUUGGUAUUUUCAUUUCGUAAAGUUUUUUGAUUCCCAGAGACAUACAUUUUGUAACGACAUUUUUCAUUAAUAAUUCCUAAAUCGAAUCUAAAUUUUUUUUCGUUUAAUUUUAAAAUCAGUUAACAUAAAAUAA